AUUAAAUACAAGCGUCUCAUUCUUGAGCUCACCCAGAUUAUUGCGAAGGAGGUUUUUAACAUAUCGGCUCUCUCGUUUACAGUUUUGAAUCGGUAGGGUCGAAAAGCAAGGAGAAGCGCCGCAAUGGCAAAGGCGCAACUGGAGGUGCUGUCUGCUCUAGACAAAGCAAAAACACAAUGGUACCACUUUACGGCCAUAGUGAUCGCAGGCAUGGGCUUUUUCACAGACGCCUAUGAUCUUUUCUGCAUCUCCACCGUUACAAAGCUUCUCGGGCGGCUGUACUAUUAUGAUCCAGCGUCGGGCAAGCCAGGAUCGUUGCCCCCAAAUGUGGCUGCCGCGGUUAACGGCGUUGCUCUCUGUGGAGCUCUGGCGGGGCAACUGUUCUUCGGAUGGCUGGGGGACAAACUGGGACGGAAAAGAGUCUACGGCAUGACACUGAUGCUCAUGGUCAUAAGCGCCAUUGGCACCGGCCUAUCCUUCGGUCAUACGGCCAAGUCCGUGAUGACCACGCUCUGUUUCUUUCGCUUUUGGCUAGGGUUCGGUAUUGGCGGCGACUACCCACUUUCCGCCACGAUCAUGUCGGAGUACGCGAAUAAAAGAACACGUGGCGCCUUCAUAGCCGCCGUGUUCGCAAUGCAGGGCUUCGGAAUCCUAGCCGGCGGCACCGUCGCCAUCAUGGUCUCCGCUGGCUUCAACAACGCGUAUAAAAGACCCGUUUUUGCAGAAAACCCCGAGCUCUCCACAGCUCCGCAGGCCGACUUCGUGUGGAGAAUAAUCCUCAUGGCGGGAGCUGUGCCCGCAGCCAUGACCUACUACUGGCGCAUGCGCAUGCCUGAAACCGCGCGGUUUACAGCACUUGUCGCAAAGAACGCAAAGCAAGCCGCAUCCGACAUGUCCAAGGUUCUCCAGAUGGACAUCGACGAAGACGAUGCUACAAUCCAGACAAUUGAAGCCGACAAUGGUGUUGACUAUUCUAUUUUUUCUAAACAGUUUCUAGUACGCCACGGUCGGCAUCUUCUAGGCACUACAUCGACCUGGUUUCUACUCGACAUUGCUUUCUACAGCCAGAAUCUGUUCCAGAAAGAUAUUUUCACGGCUGUCGGAUGGCUCCCCGCCGGCAAGAAAAUGAACGCCAUAGAAGAGGUCUACAGAAUUGCAAGAGCACAGUCAUUGAUUGCACUGUGCUCAACAGUUCCGGGCUACUGGUUCACUGUCUUCUUCAUAGACCGAAUCGGACGGUUUGCUAUUCAACUAAUGGGCUUCUUCUUCAUGACGGUCUUCAUGCUGGCCAUAUCGAUACCGUAUGACCACUGGAGAGGCUAUAAAUGCGGCAACACCUACUGCGGGGGCAACAAUGUGGCCUUUGUGGUGCUCUAUUCUUUUACUUUUUUCUUCUCAAACUUCGGGCCCAACAGCACCACUUUCAUUGUUCCGGCCGAGAUAUUCCCUGCGCGGUUGAGGUCGACGUGCCACGGGAUAUCGGCGGCCGCCGGGAAAGCCGGGGCAAUCGUCGGAGCAUUUGGAUUUCUUUAUGCAGCGCAGAGUCCACAUGAAAAGCAGACUGAUGCAGGGUACCCUAGAGGAAUUGGUAUUAAGGCUGCCUUGCUUUUGCUGGCUAUAAUAAAUGCUUUAGGGUUUCUGUGCACGUUUCUUGUGCCGGAGACGAACGGGAAAUCGCUGGAGGAAUUAUCAGGCGAGAAUGAUGAAGAAGCGGUUGGAUACAAGAAAACCACCCCGCCCGACUCUCAUUUAUCAGAAAUCCCAUGAUAAGACUUUAGAGCAGAAAAGAUCGCUAUCCUUAUGUUUUUUCUUGUGUACAAGCUCAAUAUAUGUGUGAGUUAUUUAGUAUAGUUAGGGAAAAAGCGAGUUGUGUGUUAGGGAAAAAGCGACUUGUGUAUGUGAACUCUCUUUUUAUGUAUCAGAGCUUUAUUUUUAUAUUCGCCAUGGUUUUAUCUCAGAAUAUUCUUCAUCGAGGGUAUUGAAAACUUCGGCAGUAGGUCGGGUAAGGUGUAUUCUGCAUGAUAUGAUCCAUGCACUUUUUAUAAAAGUAAUGACCA